AUGGCUACCUCAGCCACCACGACGUUAAUGACAUUCCUCGUACGGACUCCUCCAUCAACCCGGUCCGUAAGCCUGUUUGGCUCAUGGGACAACUUUGCAAAGGGUUACCGCAUGGAAAAGGACUCGCGUACCGGCAGAGGCCACUGGAGAGGAUGCCACACCUUCACCAACAUCAUCUGUGACGGCCACGGGAAUCCGAUCUAUCCAGGUCGAGACGGCGGUCUAAAGAUGGGAGGGACCUACUGGUACUACUACGUCCUGGACGGUGACUUUGAUUUUUACAAUGAGUCCGAAGCGUGGACGACUUCAUGUCCCUUGCUACCUGGACAGCCGCUCAAUGUGCUCAAUGUCCCUAUAUAUCUACCCCCUGCUGUCAUCUCUCAUGGCCGGAACGGUAGUGAAAGCUCGCAGCUCUCUAUCCCCCAGACCAUGAAUCCAGAUGACAAGUAUGUCAAUCCAAGGCCGCCGCCGCGCCCUCAGCUGCCACGCCUGGUUACUUCCCCAGCUACCCUGGGGUCGCAUGAGUCUCACGAAGCCCUCAUGUCCCCCGUCACUGCAUCUCAGGCGCACGGCAGAAGCUAUUCCCAGCCCCGAGCCGCCAGUCGCAAGUUCAAGGUCGGCGGGAAACUGUCAUUGGAUCUGAAACUUCCCAUGACCAGCCUUGCUCCUAAAUCAUCUGGCCUUCGGACCGCGUUCUUCAACCGGGCUUCUCCUCGUUCGGCAAGCCAUGAGAAUCCAGAGAAGCAUGCCAAAGUGCCGGGGAUAUCCUUGACUAAGGACACUCCCGUUCUCAGCCCUGGUCACCAAGGACAAGCUAGGAACUAUAUUCUUCGGCCAGAAUAUCCAAGUAGAUCCUCAUCUCUAGCAUCCCCAUGUGGCUCACCUGCAGACCUUGUCAUCGACGACAGAUUCCCCAGCCAAGAGAAUACCAACUGCCACCUCAAUCAGAAAACAAACAACCAUACCUUGGAUCCAUCAUACCAAUCAAGCCACUGUCAAACCCGCUCCAGGUCCAGAAGUCCUGCCCAUACACCCCUAAGGAACUCUGUCAACUACGAUACCAACCCCGUGCAGGAUACCACAACUGCCACUACCACCACACACACUUCAACUGUAGAAGUACCGUGCAAGCUCGACGCCCAUGAGCCUCUCUCCCCCAUUGACCUCUACUCUAAACGUCUUCCUACGCUUCCUAACAGUCCAUCCUCUGUCCUGGAUGAGACGUUCACCUCCACCUGGGCAUCCACUUCUUCCUACCAACCCCUUGACCUCAACCACCUCCAAAGUCACUUCUCUAAAUCCACCGUCGACUCCUCUUCUCCAAGCCUGACUCCUUCACCUCAAGAAUCCCCUGUGCUCCCAGGAGGUAGUCGCUUCUCCGACUGCAGCACCGACACCGAAAUAAUCUCUCCAUGUUCCAUGACAUCCUCAUCCACGUUCAACAAUGACAGCAACUCUCCUGCAAACUAUAGUUUCUCAGCGAGCACUUCGCUAGACAGCAACUUGUCUGAUAUCUGUCAAGACCCUAGUCAAAACUACCUUGACGCCUUCGGCCUGUCUAACCUGCAUAUCGGUCAAGAUGGGACCAAAGACGCAGAACCGGCCUUCUCAUGGAUGACAUCUGACCCCUUCAGCGACGAAAACAUUAGUCUCUGUGGGAAAACCGACGGGUCCUCUGUUACCAUCAACGCCAAAACACAGGGCUACAGCUCUAACGGCGACCAGGCCGAAGCCACCAUCAACAGUAUGAUGCAGGAGCUGAUUGAUGAUAUGGGGUAUCUCGGUGACAUGAUCGAUAUUUAUCCCGAGGAGAUCUGA